GUUGUGUUCCCGCCUAGCGUCAUCUUCACCGCCAAUUACUGCUGGUCAGAUGGAUCGGAUAAGCAACUCGCCCCCUGAAGCGAAAACUGCACUGGCUGUGGUCGUGAUACAAAGUCGCACUGGGCGUUGCAGCACGCUCUCUAGAGUUGCUCUAGAGUUGCUCUAGCGGCCAGCUCAGCAGCCAUCCUGCUCCUUCAUUGUCCCCUGUCCAAAUGAACGCUCCGCCGCUCGGGGAAUUGAUUGGUCUCCCUCAGCUCGCUUGCUUUUUGAUGACUUCGAUGCUAGCGUCGUCUCUUUCUGCUCUCUCACUGCUCAUCCGACAAUCCCUUCUCCAAACGUGUACAACGGUAAUCCCGGCAGCCCUUCUAAACAAGUCCCAGAAUCCAGACUCCAGACCCAUCACAGUCAUGGAUCCAGUAGCUACUAUUUCCGGAAAUGAGAAGUCCGGACUCCUCGAUAUUAAUCUAAAUGCGGAUGAUGGAAAAUACGGGGUAACGUUGGAAGGGAAAAACGGUAGAUAG